AUGGGUUCCAAGAGGACUUGUCUUCUGAUCACUUACUCUCCGGAGAUAGUAGAUGGCGUGCCUUUGUAUGUGUCAUCUAAUUGCCUGCCUGUAAAAGCUUCCAAGUAUGAACCUGCUGGCCAUUCUUUCCAUGCGGUCGCACUGAAGCUCCGUGGUCUUGAUGAGAAAGAAGACACUGAAACUGAUGAUCGUAGUGUGUCAUCAGAUGACAAGAGCCAAGAUUUUUCUGCUGGUUCAGAUAACUUCAGCAGCAAAGGAAAGAAGAAGUCUGGUUCUGGAAGUCAACAACAAGAUCACUAUGCAUUGCUUGGAUUGGGCAACUUGCGGUUCUUGGCCACCGAAGAUCAGAUUCGGAAGAGUUACCGUGACAUGGCUCUUAAACAUCAUCCAGACAAGCAGGCUGCUCUUCUUCUCCAUGAGACAACAGAGGCAGCAAAGCAAGCAAAGAAGGAUGAGAUAGAGAGCCAUUUCAAGGCCAUACAGGAAGCUUACGAGGUCCUCAUGGAUCCUACCAAGAGAAGGAUUUUUGACUCAACUGAUGAGUUUGAUGAUGAUAUCCCAACUGACUGUGCACCGCAAGACUUCUUUAAGGUCUUCGGACCAGCCUUCAUGAGGAAUGGCCGAUGGUCUGUUACCCAGCCAAUUCCUUCUUUGGGAGAUGAUGCUACUCCUGUAGUGGAUGUUGACCAGUUCUACAAUUUCUGGUAUAACUUCAAGAGUUGGAGGGAAUUUCCACAUGAAGAUGAGUAUGACUUGGAGCAAGCUGAGUCUCGUGAACACAAGAGAUGGAUGGAGAGGCAGAAUGCGAAGAUACAAGAGAAGGCCAAAAAGGUAGAGUAUACGCGAGUACGUAAUCUUGUUGACAAUGCGUACAGGAAAGACCCAAGGAUCCAGAGGAGAAAGGAGCAGGAGAAGGCUGAGAAACAGAGGAGAAAGGAGGCAAAAUACAUGGCCAAGAAACUGCAGGAGGAGGAAGCUGCAAGGGCUGCAGAAGAGGAAAGGAAGAGGAAAGAAGAGGAGGCGAAGAUAGCCGCAGCAGCUGCUGACAUUCGAAAGAAGUUGAAGGAAAAGGAGAAGAAGUUGCUACGCAAAGAGAAAAAUCGCCUGCGCGCACUUGUGGGCCAGGUAGUUGGUGAGUCCCACUUCAGUCUGUCAAAGGAGGAUGUUGAAACAGUAUGCACAUCACAUGAUUUUGAACAGUUGAAGAAACUCUGUGAUAUUAUGGAGGACAAGGAUACAGCUGAAAAGGCCAGGUUGCUGAGAGGUGCACUGAGCAAAGAAGAAAACUCCUCGAAUACCUCAAAAGAAGAGAAAAUUCAUGCCAAUGGUGUGGCGGAUUCUACUCCAAAAUCCACUGUCCCACAAGGCACUCCAAAAUCCACAGCCCCACAAGUCAUUACACUAGGCAACUAUGAGAAAAAAGAGAAAGAGUGGGGAAAGGAAGAGGUUGAAUUGCUUAGGAAAGCUAUACAUAAGUAUCCGAAGGGAACUAACAAGAGGUGGGAGGUUAUUUCAGAGUUUAUUGGUACUGGUAGAUCUGCUGACGAGAUUUUGAAGGCCACAAAAACCAUUCUUCUGCAGAAGCCAGACUCUGCUAAAGCUUUUGACUCGUUCCUUGAGAAACGCAAAGCAGCUCCAUCUAUUGUAUCGCCUCUUUCCACAAGAGAUGAGACGGCUGGUGGUUCAACUGUGGGAACUGGCACUGAACCAUCCAAGGCGGCUGAACAACCUGCUGCCAGCAGCAGUCAGACAGCUAAGGAGAAAAUUGGUGUUGAUCCUGUCCUGGAAGAAGCACCUUCUGCAACAGAUCCAGAUGCCUGGUCAGAGGCCCAGGUGCUGGCCCUUGUUCAAGCUUUGAAGGCGUUUCCCAAGGAUGCAAACCAAAGAUGGGAGCGAGUAGCUGCUGCUGUCCCUGGUAAAACAGUGGUGCAGUGCAAGAAAAAGGUUGCGUCAAUGAGGACGAACUUCCGGACCAAGAAGCUGGCUACACAAGAAGAAGAUUGGUCGAUUGCCUUUUGA